GAAAGCCCACACUGUUAAUGUAUUGUUACAUUGUUAAUUGAGAUAAGUUCUAUUCAGUAAUAGCCAGUUCUCUGUUAGUUUCUAUAUGUCCUACGCUCUUGAACGUACCAUAGCCGUUCCGAUACUAUUGAAUGCACCACAUGUGAAACGCCGUGCUGUUACGCUAGUUCUCCGGUGGAUAUAUAUUGUAAUCUCCUUUGCCUUCUUAACGUUCAUCUACCUCCCUGGUUUAUUGCUGUGUGUAAAUGACAUAAGACCACAGCCAAAUAAAUCAACCAAAACAGGACAUCUGUAUCAGUGUUCUUUAAUGGGAACACUAACACUCCACACUUUGCCACUCUAAACCAGUUUAUUUCCUGGAGACAACCCAAUAUCUCCUUUUUAUGGUCCUUCGAGCCGGAUUAGAGUAACAACCAAGGUAUGGAUCCUACAGAUGACCAGGAUGAGCCUGCACUCCAACGUGCUUCGCAGAGAGAGCGUCACCCCCCAGCUUACCUGAGUGACUAUGUGGUGGCAACCCCCCCUUCAGAGGGACAAACCCACACCACUACCCAGAGCUCACAUAGCCGGAAAUCAUGCUCAUCUCGGAGGAGCUCAAAUCCCAGGUCCACACGGUCAUCUCGCUCAUCCAUGAGCAGACUCACCUCUAUUACUUUAUCAGAGCUAGAAACAGCCCAGCUUGAGGAGCGAGUGAAAGAAAUGGAGCUUGAGGAGUUACAACAACACAUAGAGGAGGAUCAACACAUUGAGCAGGAGUGUCAGAGACUUCAAUCUCAAGCCCGAGAAGCCCAACAGCUACAGGAGGAAGCCAUUAGGACACAAGAGUCGCUAACUAGGCAGCUGGAGAGGCGAAGACAGCUAAAGAAGAGAGUGAAUGAGCUGGAGAUAGCUAAGAUGGUCACUUCUCUACUUAAAGAGAAACCACAGGACCCUGAUGGUGCCAGAUGCUCAUCAUGUCCACCAGAUUAUAGCAAUGCAGGUAACCAUUCGCCCCCGCCUCCAGUGCUUCACACAACUCCACCUCCAGCUCUUGUGGUUCCACCUCCUGUGGCCUUGGCCCCGCCUCCAGUGCUUCACACAACUCCACCUCCAGCGAUUGUGGUUCCACCUCCUGCGGCCUCGCCCCUGCCUCCAGUGCUCCACACAGCUCCGCAUUCCGAACCUCUGGUUCCGUCUCCUGUGCAGUAUCCACCUCCCCUUCCACUGCCACAGUCUGCUCUUCCCCCUGUAUCCUUGCCACCUAGUUUAGCCUGCAAACUACAACCUGGCAUCUAUGCCACAGCGGGUAUCACCCAUCCAACUCAGCCUUCACCUACCCUGUCCAGGCAACGUCAUGCUCUGCUUCAGGCUUGCCUCAGUCCAGUCCACAACAGCCACAGGCAGCUGCUGUGCUCCCAUUCACCGCCACAUCCUACACGGCAUUCCCAAACCUAUGAUUCCCUGCUUUGA